AUGCUGCCGAGACACGAUUCUCAUGAUCAAAGUUUUCCUUCUAGAAGAAAAGGUGGGCUUUCGGCCCUGUUAAAGGAAAGACAAAAAAGCUUACAGAAUGAUAAUGGUGAAGGCGGUGCUAAAGCCACUGGUUUAGCUGCACUGAUAUCCAAUAGACAUGUAGAAAAAGACGAGACUAGAAUACCAAAAUCUGCCCUUGAAAGAUUGCAGUUACGAUUACGUGAAAGAAGAGCAAUGAAGGAGAAAUCAGAUGGAGGUGAGCCAAAUCUGAAAAGUGAAGGUCAAAAACUUCCCCAAAAGGGUUUGAAGGGUCUUCUGAGUCCUCAAAAUGUAAAAAAUGCACGUUCCAGUAUUGGAAUUAAUCGACUCAAAAGGAAUAGGUCUCCGUCUGCAGAUGGCAAACCGAAAAAGCAUGUUAUUCAAGCACAGAACGCAAAGGAUAUUGCAGUUUUUGCCUCAUCCUCAUUUGAUGCAGGUCAUUCAAUGAACAAGUACAUUGAUUAUAGUUCCGAUAGCAACUCUCUGCUUACAAAAAUUGUCUUUCCAAGCAGACAUGAUAAAAACAAGUAUGAGGCAAGAAGAAAACGUCAAAAGCUCGAGACACAGUUGGAUGUGUUCAAAAUAUUUACUAACAACACGUUAAUAGGGAAAAAAGUGGCAAGUAACUUUGCCAAACCAAGUCCGGAUGAAGUUCACAACGAAGUUUCACAGGUCACAAAAGGUGUUUCCCAACUGAAGGUUGCGGAAGAGAAAAAUAACAGGAGCCUGAAAAAAGUGAAUGCCACUAAGCCGAAGACCAAGAUUAAUAUUCAAAAGGCAAUUGCGCAGAAGGCCAAGAAGCCAAACUUAUCCUUUAUCAUGAUUGGUCAUGUUGAUAGUGGUAAGUCCACUAUGAUUGGCAGGCUUUUAUACGAUUUGCAUAUUGUUGAUUCUAAAGUGAUGCAUAAGCUAACGCAGGAAAGUGAGCGAAUAGGAAAGCCAUCUUUCUCGCUUGCUUGGGUUAUGGAUCAGACUCCUGAGGAAAGAGAAAGAGGGGUUACAGUUGAUAUCUGUGAGACGCAAUUUGAAACAGAUAAGGGCAGAUAUACAGUGAUAGAUUCGCCUGGUCACAAGGAUUAUGUUCCACAGAUGAUUAAUGGUGUCACGCAGGCCGAUAUAGCGGUGAUGAUUGUUGAUAUUGCAUCGUUUAAGUCUGGAUUUGGUGAUAAUGGCCAGACCAAGGAGCAUUUGACGAUUGCCAAGAGUCUUGGCAUUGAUAAUUGUAUUAUAUGUAUCAACAAGAUGGAUUCAAUAGGCUGGGAUAAGGAAAUGUUCGACUCAGUCAAGGGUGAGUUGGAUGAUUUUCUAAUGGAAGAGCUUCAUUUCAAGCCAGCCAACUUGAAAUUUGUGCCAACCAGUGGAUAUCUUGGAGAUAACAUUGUCAAAAGGUCACAGAAUUGUUCCUGGUACAAUGGAAAAGUUCUAAUGGAGUUGCUCGAAGAUGCCAAUGCAAGCAUCAAAGAGGUUGUUGAUAAAAAGUCGGAAUUUGCCAUGACUGUUAAUGAUUUGCAGAAAGGAGGGCGUGAGGGAGAACUUACCAUUGGUGGUCGGAUACAUUCUGGAACUAUUCAACCAGGAGAAACCAUUGUGAUAUCACCAACUAAUGAAAGUGGUGUUGUUGAUGGAAUAACUGUCACCUCUACUCCUGUUGGAACGUUCAAAAUGCAAAAGAAGACUGCUCAGUUGGCCAUUAGAAGCGAGUUUGUGGAUUUGAAGUUGAAGAAGGUUGAUGAUCCUGAUGAUAUCCUCAUCGGAGAUGUGGCUACAAAACCUGGGCAUUAUAUAAAGCCGGUGAAGGAGUUUAAGUGUGACAUAAAUUGUUUCAAUUUGAAUAGGCCUCUUUUAGUUGGAACUCCAUUCAUACUUUUUAGAGGAAACAUCUCAAUCCCUUGCAGACUUAAAAGUAUCGAUUACGUGGUGACUGCAAGUGGAAAAAUGAAUAAGAAGAGAAAGCAUUUGGCAUCAUCUAGUAGUGGACUUGUCAAUAUUGAAGUUCUUGAUCGUUCUAUCCCCAUGUUCACUUUUAAGCAAGAUACAAAGCUGGGAAGAGUUGUUCUUAGAAGAGAUGGAAAGACAAUUGGAGCAGGCAAGGUGGUAGGUUUAGUUACUCACAAGACUGAGUAA